UCCAUUCAGUUACUACUACUACACGAUCGACUAAGCGCUGGACUUGCUGCUGAUGAUGAUUAUUACAGUAAAGACGAUGAUGUAGUAAGCACAUCGAUUGGUGAUCACAGUUCCAGCUGCGUGAGCUUUGUGUAGUGCAACUUCCAACUUUUAAGAGUACGACUAUCAGUUAUCUAUCAAUUAUCAUGUUAUCAGGAAGGAAUGUUUGCAUGGGACUCCUGGGGCUGGCCACGUUGCUGCUGGCGGUUCAAGCUCAUCCAAUGUUCUACAAGAAGGUCGACGGCGGUCAGAAAUACGAACCAGAUUGGGUUCCAGUUUCGUCAACUGUCAUCCCUUUGGCUGAGUAUCAGCUGAGCGUGGGUGGUGGUUCGAAAUCAGCUGCGUCAUCGUCCGGCGGACAAACAGCAGCAUCGAUCGCAACGGUGGCCUCAUUUUCCGAGGAGUACAAACGGGCCUAUCUGAGGCAUAAGAAGCUUCACGCCGCGGCCAUUGCCAGCGAAAAGGCUAAGGCAUCGGUGACGGAGAAGGGAGCCGGAUCUCCGGAGACGGCGGCCGCUCGUGUUCAGGAGGAUCCUGAUACGUUGAUCACCGCCAAAAAGUUGUACGCGAAGAAGGUCUGACAAAGAAACGUUGGAUUAAUUUGUUUGAAGCUAAUUUAUGUUCAGAGAAACGUUUAACGAAGUUAAUGUGUACUGUCGUGUUUAGAACUAACGGGGUUCGAAAGCUUAACCAGGUGAAAGAUUGAAAAAAAACACACUAACUUUCUGAUUUGUUGAAAAAUUAAAAAGUGCUUAUUAAAACUCGGAAA